AUGCACCUCAACAACCUCAACAAGGGACCAGGGAAACCCAAGUUUCAGGGCAACAAGGGUAACAAGAAGAAGAUCACUUGUUACGCCUGUAGUAAAGAAGGCCACAUAAAACAGGACUGCCGUAGCCAAGGCAAGGUCGUACGACAACUCAACAACGUAGUAACAAGAGCAACUGUAACCGUUCCUGGACAAACAGACGAGAUCGUCAACGGAAUCGACGACCUCACCAUCAUCACCAAAGAAGAACCUACCUCGGACGAGUACGUCUCCGAGUCAGAGUCCUAUGAGGACCUAGAGGUCACAGAAAUCGACAAAACCAAGUAUGGCAAGAUGGCCAACUUCCAGGACAGCAAUCGAGCACCAACGCCUUACGCGCCAAAAGAACAACAGAAGACACUCGCCUCACAAAUCAACAAGCUACUUUAA